ACUUAAUAUAAACUUAACGCCAUUUUUCUAAUGGAAUGACGUAAAUUUUUUUGUUUUUAACAAUUCAUACGUAAAUACGCCAGUACGACACGUAAAAAAAUACUGAAACAGUAAAAAGUAUUUGAAAAAUUUUCAAAUUUGCCAUGACGUCGAACCAUAGGCCCUUGGAGGAAGGUGACAUCGAGCUAAUCGAUCGUGUACGUGCAUCACCUUGUCUCUACAAUACAAAAGAUCCCAAUUUUCGUUUGAUAUAUAAAAAGGAACAAGAAUGGCAGGCCGUAGCCGAUGGUUUAGCCAUGACCCAUUGGGAGGCUCGAAAACGUUGGACAGUGCUAAGAGAUCGUUAUGCCCGCGAGUUAAAACAGUUGAUAUUGCAUCCUGAUAGUACGGAAUAUGGAAAAAAUGAUUUUUUCUUACGUAUGGAUUUCAUACGAAACUAUGUUAAGAAACGGGAAGUAAAAAGAAAACGCGAUAAAGCGAGACCCGUCAAAUUGUAUAAAGUGGAGUCGGAUGGGUCCAAUUAUGAAACGGAUUAUAAUCAAAUGUCUCAAACGGAAAAAAGCUAUAUAAUUGAUGAUAGUCAGGAUGGUUCAUCGACGGGUAAAUAUAGUUAUGUCGAACAAUUAUCACAGGACCAUAUGGAAGUUGCGCCUGAACAUCAACAUGCAAAUGAAAUACAGGAAGAGGAACCGGAUGAACAUUGUGGCGAACAGGAAUAUCAUGAUUAUGUGGAAGAUACUUCUGCGGUCUACGAAGCAGUUGAGGAAGAUCCUGAAAACCUUACCCAUACCGAAACAGAUGCCAAUUACUUACUGGCACCUUCAGUUAGUCGCUCAGUUGCUGCUGGUGGUGACAGCAAUGUUAUAGUUAAACCAGAAUGCAAUAAUAUUGUUGAUGGUUACAAUAUUUCCAUGCAAGAAGAACAAUUAUGUAGCGCACCAGCCCCACCACCUCCUCUCGUACAUUCACAUCAAAAAACUGUUAUACAAAAUACCAGCCGGGAUACUAACUCUCCAAACUUGCCGCCCGAUACAGAAGAAUAUUUCUCCAAAACGAUAGCCUCCUAUUUGAGACAGCUCUCGCCACGUCAUAAAAUUAAGGCUAAAGUGGAAAUGAUGCAAAUUAUUGAAAAAUUUAUAGAAUUAGAAGAAACAAAGUCGUAAAAAACAGCAAAAUUAUUAAUUAGUUUUAAGCGU